AACAGAGGAAAUCGGUGCAGCAGAACAACAAGCAAGCGAAGAAUCGAUCCACCUCGCUAGCCGCUCGAGCCAGAUAAAUCCGUAUGAAGGAAUGACGUUGGAGCAUGAGAUCAACAUCGAUACCGUUCUAUCAAAAACUAAUAAAGGUCAGGAGUUGAUGGAAGCUUUGAAGGAAAACCGCAAUCUUGAUGACAAGAUGAUUAAAAAGAUAACCCACCUGCUAUGUGAUUUCCUAACAUCGAUUUACGGAGUCCGUGCUACCACAUUCCACAAAAACCUUUUGGCCAAAUCUCUAGUGCAGUCGUAUCCGAUGUUGGCAUCAAAAGUUUCCGAUAUUCCUCAAGCCUUAUGGUUUUAUGUCGAUGGUCGGGGGCCAGGACGACACGCAGGAAAAAUCCAUUAUCAUUUGGAAUACCUCGCUAAACAAUCUGGCCAAAGAGUUAUCAACAGAAAAUCGGCACCGAAAGAGGAAACGUGUGAAUCAAGCGAGCAUCAGCCACUAGGUGAGAUCGAACUGAUAACUUUGAUCGAGGAAUUGAAAUUUGUCGUUCCGACCGAGGACAAUAAAACUCGGAUUGCAUAUUUAUGGGAUUCAACAUUUGACUACCGCUGCCAGUAUCGUGCGAAUAAAGAUGUUUUUUCGUUUCUGGAAGAAUUUCCUGUUGCCUCGGCGUUUGAUGGCGAGCUGAUUGAUUACGACUUCAAGAAAAUGAAGAAAAACACGGUGGACUUCACCGAUAAUUGGAAGCAUUGGCAGGAAAAAGUUUUGCAAGGACAUCGCCACCUAUUCAGAGAGAUAAGUAAUGAUUUUGUACGUGCAUUGGCAAUAAUCCGUGCCAAAAAUCCAACACGAGGCUCAAAGCGCUUGCGUGAUGAGGAGUCAGCGAAGGAGAAUCCGCUUAAAGGAAUUAUCGAUUGGGUUAGCGUACACGACGCAAUUCUCAUCCACCCCAUCACUCCUACUUUGAUUGUGCGCGGUGACUUGUUGGACAGUGGCGAACAGUGUUACAUCGCAUGGAAGGACCGUAACCAUAUUCGCGUCGAGUUGCAUCCUUUUCGCCGGUAUGCUAGCAAACCUAUAGACGUCUUCGUCGUCGUCAUCGCCGUUGCUUCCGUGCGGAGUAGUGCGGAUUCGUUUGCCAUUCCGUAG